AUGUGCCACGUCGUCCAGACGGUGACGACGCAAGCCGUCGUCACUGUCCAUGCCAGGUGCCACGUCGCUAUCCUGCGACGUGGCAACGAUUCAACCGAUGACUCACCAACACGCGACACGACAAAACGGCACAACAACAACAGGACGACACCAACGGGGACGACCAAAAACGAGAACGCGCCCGUGAACAACAACGCCUAG